UAAUAUUUUUAAAUUAUAAUGAUUGAUUUAAUAUAUGGUCAUUGGUUUCCUUUGGCGUCUCAAGGCAAUAUUUAUUCAUUAGCUACUUUGAAAUCAUCAAAAGGAUGUGGAAAAAUAUUAGUUGCAUCAUUAAAGCGUAAAAUUUAUUCAUUUGAAUAUCAACAAUCAAAAUGGAUAUUAAAACCACUCGUUAAAGAGCUUGUUUUUACAUAUAUUCCAAAUGGUGCUGAAAUUAUUGCUAUAGAUGCCUACAAUAAGUCAAAUAUUGGAGAUGAAUUUGUUAUAGGUAUUACUAUAAUGAAAUCAAGUGGAGAAACUAAUAUUGAACGCUAUUUAAAUAUAUAUACUGAAGGAUUAAGUGACGGAGAAGACAGUAAUUCCUUAGAAGUUAUUGCUCAGAAUUGUUUAAUGAUUGAAUUAUCAUAUACUCCUUAUCUAUUAUAUCAUACAGUAAUUCCACAAUCAUCUGGUAGCGAGUUUGUUUGGCUUAUAUCUGGAAAUGACAAUAAAAUACACAUGAUAAAAGAAGAUAAAACUAAUCAUAGUUACACAGAGUCACAAUUAGAAAAAUAUUUCCCAGAAUUAGAUGCAUUAGAAGCAAUUGCAUUAUGGAUUGAUAUUUAUUAUUAUAAAGAUUUUAAGAGGAGAAUAACAGCAGUUUCUUGUGAAUGUGGAUUAUUCAAAUUGGCUAAAGUAAAUGUUGAAAUUUUAAAAAUAAUUCAAAUUUGGGUUUUAAGAUAUGAUAAUCCUGUAUGUAAUGUAAGAAUAUUUCCUCAUCAAUAUGAAAUAAAAAAACCAGCUUUUAUCGAAGUUGAAUAUGAUGAAAAGAAGGAAUUUAAAUUAAAUGUUCUUUUAAUUACUGGCAAUGUAACAAUUAUAUUUCAAGAUAUUUUAAAUCAACAGAUGCAUUCUGAUAUAAUGUUAAGUGGAAAUGAAUUAACAUCUGAUUGCAUUUUGUGUUCUUGUAUAGCAGAUAUAAAUUUAGAUGGUAAAAACGAAAUUUUGUUAGGAACAUAUAAACAAGAAGUUUUAAUAUUUGCUUUUCUAAAAGAUACUUGGAAAAUAAUUGACAAAAAACAUUUUGAUGCACCAGUUCAUUCAAUAAAUUACAUAGACUUGGCUGGUGAUGGAGUAAAAGUUCUAGUAAUUCUUACUCAACGUAGCGUUCAUAUUAUGCAGCAUAAUCCUAAAGAAACGAUGAUCAAAUGGCAAGAUAAAUUUGAUAAAUUAGCAUUGUUAAUGAAUCUAAAUAAAUAAAAUG